CAGUAAUGCUGUAAUGCAGUCGACACUAUUCGCGGGAAACGAGCACGGUUUUGAGGUUGAGUUUGUGUUGAUUUGUUAACAAUAUGACUUGAGCGGUCGUGAAGACAGCUAUGCUGUAUUUUUUAUUUGCUCAACACAUAUAUUACUAUUAGAAACAAGUAAAUACAACAUGGACAUUCAAAGUAACGAGUCAACAUUGUGCAUGGAAGCAAGGAGACCGUGGUACAAAUAUGUUACCAUAGAGCCUGUGAUGUUUUUCUACAUGAUGGCUUAUAUGAUAACAAAUGUUAUCGAGCAAACAUUCUAUGUGUUCCGUGCCUGCACUGUAGACCAUGGUUACAGUGAAGAGAUAUGUUACAAUAUAAACAAAUACGAGGACAUCAAUAAAGAAGUCCAGGUGACAGUGUCAACAUUUCAUCAGUGGAACGGCAUAGCUGGUCACGUGGUGCCGCUGCUGCUGGCGUUCUUCCUCGGCUCGUACAGCGACAAGCGCGGCAGGAAGGUGGUGUUGCUGGCAGGCCUGUUAGGCAAACUCUACUUCUCUAUCAUGAUAACCGUGAAUACCGUUAAACCAUGGCCUCUCAGCUACGUGAUAUACACAGCGGCGUUUCCCAGCGCGUUGACUGGCGCUGAUCUUGCGAUAUUCGCUGGUUGCUUUGCAUAUAUAUCAGAUGUCUCAUCAAUUAACAACAGAACUCUGAGAGUUGGAAUUCUAGACGUCGUGUACUUAAGCACCAUGCCCACUGGAGUCGCUAUUGGUAAUCUUAUAUACAACAGAGUGGUGAACAAAUCAUUCACAGCCAUGUUCGCUAUCAACUCAUGUCUGAUGCUGGUGGCUACUUUAUAUUGCACAGUGUUCCUUAAGUGGCAGACGAGACCAGAACAGAGGUCCUUGAAAGAUGAUGACGUCACCAACCCCGUGAAGGAUUUCUUUGAUCUGAACAACAUCAGACAGACAUUGAUCACACUAACCAAGAAGAGAUCUAAUAAUAGAAGAUUAUUCCUAUGGUUCCUAUUAAUAUCAAUGGCUUUCUAUACAUUCCAAAGAGACGAGAGGCCCGUGAUGUAUCUGUACAUGAUAAAAGUCUUCAAGUGGGACGCGACUGACUUCAGCAAUUUCCGAACGUAUCUCAGCACCGCGUACGUCGUAGUUAUGUUGUUGGGGAUACCGCUUAUGACUAAAAUCCUCAAUUGGAGGGACACGGUGAUAGUAAUGUUAGGUGCGUCGGCACACAUGUGCGGUCAUUUGACCUAUGCGCACGCGCAGACCGACAACACACUGUACAUCGGGGCCACGGCAGCGGCGCUCGGCCCGUGUGUAGCGCCCCUUAUACGGUCAAUGACCUCCAAAAUUUUGGCGCCGUCUGAAAGAGGCGUAGCGUUCGCUUUUCUAUCUGUGAUGGAGAAUGCCGUUGCAAUGUUCGCGUCCGUGCUUUACUCGCAGCUAUACAAAGCCACCUUGGACACGUCUUAUAUAAACGCGAUAUUCUAUCUCACUAUGGGAACGCAGGCUGUCGUUUUUGUUUUGUCUCUUACAAUGGAGAUAUUGCUUAAGGGAAGACGGUUGGAAGCUCAAAUACACGAAGACGUCAAUAGUAUGUAGUAAAGAAUUAUAUUUGUUAGAAUAUUAUGAAUAUGUAUAUAUGUAAAUUCUAGAGUGCAGUCGGGAGUGUAUUUUGCUUUUAAUCAAUAAUUGUGUUUAAAUUUUGUAAACUAUAUCUCUAAUAAGGAUUUAUAUAAAACAAAGAAUUUAAAUCUACAAAAAGACUUAAUUUCCUUGGAGCACUAUUGUAUUAUUAAUGGUUUACAUUUAAACAUUGAAAAGUGGCACGUAAUUACAUUUUCCAAGAAAAAAACUCAAAUUUCUUUUGAUUCUCAUAUACUUGGCAAUCAUCUAUCUAGGGUACUUGAGAUCAGACACCUCGGGUUAACUCUUGAUCAGGGACUAACAUUCGGAAGACACGUUGAGAACAUUGUUGCGGGAGCAUACCAAAUGUAAGGUUUCAUCUUUCGUCAAGGUAUUGAUUUUAAAAAUAUAUUAAGGUUUGAUUUACUUUAUAACAGUCUCGUUAGAUCCAAAUUAGAAUUUGCGUCUUGUGUUUGUAAUUCACAUCAUAUGAAUAGUGUUAAAGCGAUAGAAAAUGUUCAAAAUAAAUAUUU